CCAUGUUAUGCUAGAUUUAUACUUCGCGGCUGGCAGUCAGUUUUGAACAAGAGUAGUUCCUGCCGUUGGGAGAGGUAGGAGGGUUGCGGGCUUCCACGCCGGAACCCGGCAAGAUCCGACGCCAUGGCAGCCGCCCUAGGAGGAGCAGAUGAUGACUUUGAUCAUCAUAAGCCUGGUGCAGAAAGGUCUUGGAGAAGGAGAACUGGAGAUGAUGAUUGGGAUAGUGAAUUAGAUGAUGACUUACUAGGAGAAGAUAUGUUGACUGGCAAAAAGACUCAGUCAGAUAUGUCAGAUGAAGAACUGAAUGAUGAUCUUCUGCAAAGCGAUAAUGAAGAGGAUCAACAUUACAGUACUCAAGGUGUCACUGUGAGUCUUAAUGCUGCAUCUAGCAUGGUUACAUCAUUUGAGCUCUCAGUGAAUGCUAAUGACCCAUCUAUUGAACAAGACUCAGAGUAUGAACAUGGAGAAGAUGAAAUUGGUUAUGACAAAUCAGAUGUUCCUGAAGAAUAUGCAGAGGAGUAUUCAGAAGGACAGUAUGAAGGCCAAGAGACUGAGUUGACAGAAGACCAAAUAGGCUAUGGUGAAGAUCAGGGUGAAGAAGACAAUUAUAAUGAUGAAGUGCUGGAUCUUGAAAUCAAUGAACCUCUAGAUGAAUUUCCAGAUGAAGGAUUUUUGCAGUCUUACAGUGAACAGCAAGUAAUCAAACAAGCAUAUGAAGCUGAAGAAGAAUUAGAAGAAGUUGUUGAUACCCAGACACCUCCAAAUGAGUCAGAAGAGGCAGUUAUUGAAAAUCUGGAAUUUCAGGAAGAGACAAAAGAAGAAUCAGAUGAGGAGGAGGAAGAUGAUGAAGAGUCUGGUCGGUUACGUUUCAAAACUGAACGGAAAGAAGGGACAAUUAUUAGGCUAUCAGAUGUAACAAGGGAGCGAAGAAACAUUCCAGAAACUUUGGAACUUUCUGCAGAAGCCAAAGCAGCAUUACUUGAAUUUGAAGAGCGGGAAAGACAGCUAAAACAAGGGCGGUAUGGCUCCCGAAGAGGAGGAAGACGAGGAGGGUCAUUAAUGUGUCAUGGGCUGGGAGAACAAAGAAGAGACAGCAAUGAAAGGGGAAGAAUUGAGGAUCACAGGCCUGCUUUACUACCAACGCAGACAGCUGUUAUGACACAUUCAGAAAGGCUAUUUCGUCAUCAGCAACCCAUUAGGAAUCUUUUCCAGCAGCGGCAGCAGCAGCAACAACCACAGCAGCAGCAACAACAGCCACAAGGUCUACUCCCUGUCCCCACUCAGCAUCAUAUACCACCCACUCCCUCUCAAGGAAUUCAUAUGCCAUCCCAAGUAGAAACCCCAAGAAUACUGAUGACUCCUCCUUCAGUGGCAUCCCAGCAGCCAAAAAACAUACACAUAAAUCCACACUUCAAAGGAACUGUAGUAACACCUGUUCAAGUGCCUUUGCUGCCAGUCCCAACCCAGCCAAGACCUGCUGUAGGACCCCAGAGAUUUGCUGGCCCUCCAGAUUUUCAACAAAACCCUCCUGAACCUGUUCCUACCAAUUUCAACCAGGCCCCACGACUUUCCCUCCAAGACCAGUGGCGAGGGCCACCACCCCCUCUUCCGCCCCCACCUCCGCAGGAGAGAGAACCUUUCUUCAUGGGAGAGCUGAGAUUUCCCAGCCAUCACUUGUUUGAGCAGCGGAGCCCCCCUCCACAGCUGCCCUCCCUGCUUAACAGUGUGCAUCCUGUGCCCAGCCAAAACCCACUCCCAUUCAGCCAGCCUGGACCAGGUUUCAGCCAGCAGGGGCAGCAACCAAUGUUUCCAAGAGAAAGGCUGGUAAGGCCAAAUCUGCAGCCUCAGGGCCCUAUGGGAAUCCUUCACUUCAGCCAGCCUGGAGCAGCCAAUGUACGGCCUUUUCUUCCCCCAAGGCAGUCCUUCCUGCAGGUACCAGGGCAGCCGUUCUUAACCCCUCUCACCCAAGCCGGCAUGCAGUCAGGGAACAAGUCUGACCUCACAACUGCCAUGUUUUCAAAUGUACAGGGUCAUUUGCACCCUCCUAUGCAUCCACAGCAUCCACAGCCACCACCACAACAACAUCCACAGACGUCCCAGCAGCACCCCCAACCACCCCAGCCUCACCACCAGACGCACCAGUCCCACCACCACCAUCACCUUCUGCCUGUGCCUCCCCAGCCUCUGAUUCCGGUGGCCCCAUCCCAGUUCAGGCUGCACCUGCAGACUUCACAGCAACAGCCGAGUGGCAACUGGAUGCAGUGCCAGCAACGGCAAGGUCUGGUAAAGGCCAGGCAUAACACACCAACACAAAGCAUUGUAAAACGUCCAAACCAGCAGCUGCAGUCAUCUACCCCAAGGAAUAGUAAUUUGCGUGAAUUGCCAAUAGCACCUUUGCAUUCUAUUGAGGCUGCUAACAACCAACGAACUUCAGCUCCUGCUGCUCAAGUGAAACCUAUUACUAGUACAACACCUGUUACAAGGCCUGUUACAGGUGUCAAGAAGCAACUGGGAAGGACCGAGACCAAGCCUAGAGCAGUUAUGCCCAUGACUCAACCUAAAAUGGAGGUCCAGUCUGAACCAGAGUUUCCUGAUGAUGAUGAAGAAACCAGACUGUACUGUUUGAAGAUAGAGGAACAGAAACGCCUCAGGGAAGAGAUCUUGAAACAAAAGGAGCUCAGGCGGCAGCUUCAAGCUGGGGCCCGAAAAAGAGAAUUGCUUGAAAGGCUGGCACAGCAACAACAAGGUUCUUCAGGCCAACAACAGGAGGAAGACCCUUCACAGCUGCCCUCUAAUGGAAAUCCAUUGCUUUCCCUUCCUGGUGCACAGCCCCGCCAAAAUGUGAAAUGCAGGCUAAUGGUUAAAAAACAAGAGCCAGUCAUUCCAGAUUCCACAGCUGUUCAGCCUAAGCCUGUAAAUGUUCUCCAGUCUGGAGACAGUGUGCAAUGUCAAGGACAGCAAAUAAAAACUAUAAAGCAGCUAAGGCAGGCUAGGACAAUGCCCAAAAACAAGUUCCAGCUACCCAAUAAAGCUUUGCAAACAAAGCUUCCUGCUGCUGUGCACUUGAACCUGUCCGAGAUUGCUCGGGUGGCAUCGGUGCAAGGCCAGCCUCAAGAGCUGAAGCCUGGGCUGAAAAGAACUGUCAUGCAGCGGGCAAACAAUGGGAGUGGCGAUGGAACCCAUACUGGCACCAAAGUCAGGGUGAUAAAAUUGUCAGGAGGGGGUGGUGAGAAUGUUGACUUUUCUCAUUUGGAAGGACUGCCUCACCGGCUUUUGCAGCCAUCAGAGCAGAGACAUCAGCCAAUGCGGAAGGUCACACUGACAAAGGGGGCAGUGCAGCAACCACAUCAGCCUCAUCAGCACCAUCUAUCACAGAUUCAGUCUACAUUUCCUCAAGAACUAAAAAAUAUCCCAGGGAGACAUCAAGUGAAAAAGGGUAUUCUGCAUGGGAGAGGCAGGGGGAUCACAGGCCAGAUGGGCCGAGGCCGCUUGAUGGCAAGUAAACCAAAUCUGCGUGUGGUAGAGUGCAAACCUCAGCCCUGCAUCGUGUCAGUGGAAGGGCUUUCUUCAUCCACUACGGAUAUUCAGCUGAAAAAUCUGCUCAUGUCAGUAGGACCCAUUCAGAGUUUACAGAUGUUGCCUCAACAACGAAAGGCCAUUGCAAAAUUUAAAGAGCCUGCUGAUGCUUUAAAAUUUCAACAGAAGUUUCACAGGCACAUGAUAGAUCUCUCCCAUAUCAAUGUGGCACUGAUAGUGGAUUGACCCACUGAGCAUAAGUUGUCUUAAAAUAAAGCAAGUUAUGGAGGAAGUCAGAAGGGUAGAAUCUUCCUGUAAUUUCUGGUGCCAGCUUUGCAGACUCCUCCUGAAACUUCAAAUUAUUUUGUGACAGCUGCUGACAGCAACAACCUUGCUACAAAUGAAGCUUGAUUUCAAGAUUGAAAAAGAUCUGUAUUGAACAUAACUACAGAUCUCAUGUAUGAAUCUCAUGUAUGAGUACACGGAUGUUUUCAGGCAAUUACUAUGUGAUCGCAAUGACUUGGAACAAAAGAACAUUGACUCUUGAAAAGUUUUUUAUGUUUUUUCUUAGAAAAGAAUAUUUGAUAAUCGUUGCCCUUAUCUUCAGUUUGAGGUGUUGAAAUCAGAAUACACCCAUAAUCUACUGUUUGUAGCUAAGCGUAUAGAU